AUGUCUAACCACGAAGAGAACGAUGUGAUUGGGGCGCUUACGGGCUUCUCUCUCGAUCAUGUUCUUGCGGGAAUGUCCCUGCCCUCAUCCUCGGGCCUUUCCAACCAGCUCGGAAUAGCUGGCUUAUCCGCUCUGAAUUCGUCUCAGAUUUACAAAGACGAUUGGGAAGAAGAUGGCGCUGUUGGUGCUGGGGAGGGUCAAGACUGGGAGGACGAAGUGGAUCGGGAACUGCAGGAUGAGGGCUCAGAGCUGGGCGGCAUGGUGAAGAUGGAAGCCGAGUCACCCAGCGCGCUGCCGCAGAGGCAAAAGAGAACACGGAUCGUUCGACGCCUGGUGGAGCGGCCUAAGUCCGUGUAUGAGCGGUUUCCCGCAUUCGAAAAAGAAAGGGUCCUGGACUUCACCGAAUUGUUCAAGGGUCGAACAGUCAAGAAGUCGCGGCUUUCUAAACGACCGUUCCAGAUCGAGACUGCCUACCCCCGUAAGAGGGACGUUCAUAGGGGGUUCUUGGAGGCGGUGGUGGGUGAUGCGCAACGUCAGGUAGAACACAAACGAGCAGAAGAGGUGGUUGCCGCAGGAAGCGUUGAUGAGGACCUUCGUCGCGCUCUUGACCAACGCGAGCGUGUAGGGACACCGUUGUCCUUACCGCUGAACGAUCGCUCCUUCGACUUGGUACUACUGUCCAACUGGGAAGAACAAAUCAUGUACGAAUCCAAGAUGGACAUGGACGAAGACGCGCGAUCCCAUACUGCCGCGGAUCUCGCCCCUACAACCCAGACAAGCCUGACGAAUCCCGUCAACAAGACCUUGGAGUCGGGAGAUUGGACGCAAAGUAUCAUCUGGGGCCCAAAGGUGCCUUUCCGCGAUUUCACACAGCUGGAGUUCAACCACGAGGACGACGUUGUCCCCGAAGAACGACAACCAGAGUGGCAUCGUCCAAGAAAGCGUUUCCGUACUGACGCUGCGCACCGAGACAAGUUCAACUUGUCGAACGACCAAUACUACGAACUCGCUAAAGACGGAGGCCGGCAUCGCGUCCGCCAAACCUUCGGUCAGCUCGUGGUGGAGCAUGCGUACCCAGCACAGAAGUUACAACUGCCCUUUUACAAAACUCGUCUUUCCAAGCAAGAAGGACGAUCCUGGCAUCGCCCAGCCAUGCAAUUCCCCGCCAACAUCGAACUUCGGUUCAGCAAAGUGCGCACAGCCAAGAAGAAGAAGGACAAGGCAGGCCGCAAGCUCGGUAAAGGUGGAAAUGUUGGUGAAGGCUUGCGCAAGACUGGGGAUCUGAGUUUACAGGAUACAAGCAACUUUGUGUUGUGGGAGUUUUCGGAGGAACACCCCCCGAUCAUGUCCAGUUUCGGCAUGGGAAGUAUCCUCGUCAAUUACUACCGAAAGAAGGAUGAAAAAGAUGAACACAUUCCAAAGUAUGACCUCGGCACGCCGUUCGUAUUGGAGCCUCAAGAUGAAUCACCUUUCAUGAAGUUUGGGUCUGUUGCUCCAGGACAGACAGUCCCUGCUCUAUACAACAAUCUUCUUCGUGCACCUUUGUUCAGACACAAGCCAUACCCCACGGACUUCCUCGUCAUCAGGAGCACGCACAAAGGCGAGGCGAGAUACUUCAUUCGCGAGAUCAAGAACCUCUUCGUGGUUGGCCAGACAUACCCUGUUACCGAAGUUCCCGGGCCUCAUUCUCGCAAAAUAACCACGACAAUCAAACACCGCCUUCAAAUCAUCGCCUUCAAGCUGUUGAAAAAGAGCCAAGGGGAGCGAUUGAAAAUUACUCGAUUGAUGAAGUAUUUCCCAGACCAAAACGAGCUUCAAAUGCGACAACGUCUGAAGGAAUUCAUGGAGUAUCAUCGCCGCGGGCCGCAUCAGGGAUUUUGGAGGUUGAAGGAAACAUGGUCGAUUCCCUCAGACGCUGACAUGCUCAAGAUGGUCGGUCCGGAGCAAGCUGUGUUGAACGAAAGCAUGCAGGUCGGGCAACGGCAUCUGCAGGACCUGGGUUAUAGCAACGAGACGGGCGAGGGAGAUGAAUCCAACCUUACGGUGGAACAGCAGCUUGCCCCUUGGAUCACGACGAAGAACUUCUUACUCGCUACUCAGGCCAAGGCCAUGCUUAGGCUGCAUGGAGAUGGUGAUCCAACAGGGCGGGGAGAGGCCUUCAGCUUUCUACGUGUUUCCAUGAAGGACAUAUUUGUUAAAGCGGGCGAGGAUUACGAGCAGAAACUUGCCGAGGCGGAGAAUAGGCCGAAGUCGGCGCACCGGUACAAUGUUGCGGAGCAACAGCUGAUCUACAAGUCGGAAAUCGAACGCAUUUGGAAGGCACAAUUUGACUCUCUUAGUCGUAAGGACGAACCGCUGCUUACCCCCGAAGAUGAAGAGAAAAACGCCCCGCCAAAGAACCCGUCUCAGCAGCGGCGUAUGUCGACCGUCGGCCCGGAUGGCUCCCGUGCAUCUUCCAUGGAUCGCGACCGGGAGACAAGUCUGGGUCCCGAAGCUAGUCGCCGAGUACUGCGCAUCAGACGGAUGGUUGACGGACAUCCUGAGUACGAGAUAGUUCGCGAUCCGGCAGUUAUCGCGGCAUACGUGAGGAAACGGCAAAUACUGGAAGAAGAGAACACGACAGCCAAUGCAUUGGCACCUACCGGCGACGCUGAAAAGGACGCCCGAGCCAAGAAACGGCAAGAGGAAAUCGCCAGGAUGAAGAAGAACCAAGAACGCCGUCUGCACCGCAAGAAUGCCAAGAUUAUCAAGGAGGGCGGCAUGCCCUUGCAGUUGAACAGGCCUGUCAAGCCGGACACCACCCGACGCUGCGGACACUGCGGACAAAUGGGUCAUAUGAAAACCAACCGCAAGUGCCCACGCUGGGCUGAGUUCAAUUCCGGUACGGCACCGCCGCCGCUCACCCCCAGCGUCAGCGGCGGUCCGUCGGUGUCCUCGCCUCUGCCGGCCGAUGGCGUAUCGGUACUCCGGAACCCGAGCUUUGCUGCUGCGGUCCCGUCCCCCUUGGCGACCAGUCCGCCGAUGUCUGCGAUGGACGAUGGCACCGAGGCGCCUUCUGCAGGCCCAAAAUUGAAGCUCACUCUGAAACGAUAG